CUAGCUCCUUUCAUCAAUUGCAUAAAUAAAUAUUUCCUUUUCUUGAUAAUUAGAUCAUAACUUUAUAAUUUUCUGUUUUCUUAUGUAUUAUUUAUUAACCCAUUCUCCUUCUGUUCUCAGUACUUAAAAUUAAGGCUUAAACUUCUAUGAGCAGUUUUCUUGUUUCAAACAUCAAAAUAAAUUAGUAAAUGUACAUCAAAAAAACAAAACAAUACAGGUUUUGAUUUAUGACAAUUGCCCAAUUAAGGUUUAUGAAUAAAUAACCCUCCAUAUUGUCUUAUUCUUUCCCCCUUGACAUGAGAACAAUACACCAGUUAAGAGUACUUUUAUCAUUUACUUCACCUCUAUGAUGUCGUAGUUUCAGACUUGUUUCUGCUUAUAAACACAUGCAUAUCUGCAUUACAUUUUCUAUGACACCAUUUUUCACAUCCAUCACAAGUAUUUGUAUGCUGCUUUGGUCUAAGAAAAUAAUUGCAAUUUGAACACAAAUCAGUCAUACUGAAUAAGUUGAAUUUGAAUUGAGCAAGAAUAAUAUUAUUAGAUCACAUGCUUACUAAUAGAUAACUUAAUCUGUGAUAAUAUCAAAGCGAUUUACUCCAAUGGCUUCCUUAUUCAUUACUUAUGUUCAUCCAUCACAUUACUACACUAGUAAUUAGCCUGAACUAGGCCUAGUCGUAUGCACUUUCCUUGUAAGAAAGUCCUACCUUUUGUGAAAUUGUUUUAACAAUCGGUAUAAUAAGUUAAAUUCAAACCAAAUUAUUGCUAUAAGUAUAACUAAUAACGGUAAAAUACUAAACACAGCAUUAGUAUUUUUCAUAGUUUAGAUAGGCAGUGCAAGAAGGUUAUGCCUAGUCUAUAAAUGCCGUUACAGCUACAGCAAGGGAGAUUCACAAAGAAGCAUCUGGUGUUCUGGGAGAGAGGUAAUCUAGAUUAACAAGACAAUUCAGUACAAGUACCAGUAAAGCCUUAGAUAGUUUUUGUGUGAAGAUUUGAAAUGGCAACCCAGGGUAUAGAGAGAAUACCUGAUUCACUGGGCUAUUUGGUUUUAACAGAUGAUGGUGCUGUAGUCAGUUCAGGAGGGGAUUUAGAGAAUGAUGAAAGUUUAGCCAAUAAACUGUGUAAAAUGGUACAUACCGCUGUGGGUAUACCUGUUACCAGUGAUAGAAGAGACACUUUCAAACGAUUAUCAGUAAUAUGGGAUGAUUUUAUGUAUAUUGUAACUGUUUCGAACCAGAAGAUCUAUGUUUGUAAAAAGAAAUAUGUUCCACAAGACCCAGUUCUGACUUAAUACUUAUUAUUUUUAUUUUUGUUAUAUUGUUUUGUAUAUAUUUCUUCUAUAUUUGUAUAUAAACUUAUAGUAUCUAUUUGUA